GAUCCCCACGUAGCAAGACGAUGACCCGACGUUGCUCGGCAGUGGGCUGCAGCACCCGGGACACCGCGCAGAGCCGCAAGCGCGGCCACUCUUCCCACCAAUUUCCAACUGAUAGCAUACAGCGCUCAAAAUGGAUCAGGGCUGCUAAUCGUGUGGACCCCAGGACCAAAAAGAUUUGGAUCCUAGGACCAAGUGCUUUGCUAUGUUCUAAACAUUUUCAAAAAAGUGACUUUGAGUCAUACGGCACAAGAAGAAAGCUGAAAAAAGGAGCUGUGCCUUCUGUUUCUCUAUACAAGGUUAUCCAAGGUGUAUACCUUAAAGGUAAAGCAAGACUUAAAAUCCUAAAAGAGCCACUUCCUGAUCAUUCUGAAGAGGUCGCUACUGAGGACCAUAAUUACAGUUUAAAGAGACCUUUAACAAUAAGUGCAGAGAAACUGGCUGAGGUGCAAGAGAUGCUACCAGUGUCCAAACCAAGACCUGUGGCUGUCAGAAACAAGAGGACAAUCAAGAAAAGAGAGGGCUUACAAUUAAUUGAUUCUCUGAUAGAAGAGAAACUACUUUCUGAAGAAACAGAGUGUCUGCUACGAGCACAAUUUUCAGAUUUUAAGUGGGAAUUGUCUGACUGGACAGAAACAUCUGAGUACUCCAUAGAAAUGAAGCAAUUUGCAUGGACACUCUUGUGCAGUAGCAGAGUCUAUGAUUGUAAGAUUCUUCUGCUGCCUCAUUCUCCCAUCCUCAGAACAUGGUUAUCCAAAUGCAAAUCCAGUCCAGGUUUCAACAGCAACAUUUUUUCUUUUCUUCAACAAAGAGUAGAGCAUGGAGACCAGCUAUAUCAGUAUUGCUCACUGAUCAUAAAAUAUGUAUCUCUCAAGCAACAGCUUCAGUGGGACCCCAGCAGUCACCAUUUGCAAGGGUUUAUGGACUUUGGUCUUGGCAAACUUGAUGCUGAUGAAAUGCCACUCGCCUCAGAAACUAUUUUGUUAAUGGCAGUAGGUAUUUCUGGUCAUUGGAAAACACCUCUUGGUUAUUUUUUUGUAAAAAGAGUGUCUGGAUAUUUGCAAGCUCAGCUGCUUCGUUUGACUAUUGGCACUGACAUAGGGAUCACAGUUGUGGCUGUUAUGUCUGAUGCUACAGCUCUAAGUGUUCAGAUGGCAAAAGCAUUGGGGAUACAUAUUGAUGGAAACGACAUGAAAUGUACAUUUCAGCAUCCUUCAUAUUCUGGUCAACAGAUUGCCUUCUUCUUUGAUUCUUGCCACUUGCUUAGAUUAGUAAGAAAUGCAUUUCAGAAUUUUCAAAGCAUUCGGUUUGUUAAUGGCACAGCACAUUGGCAACACCUUAAGGAGUUUGUAGCGCUAGAGGAACAGGAAUUAUCAAACAUGAAAAGAAUCCCAAGAAAAUUUGCAAAUUUGAAAAACCACGUACUGAAAAUGAAUUGUGCUGCCCAACUCUUCAGUGAAGGUGUGGCCAGCACGUUGGAAUGCUUACUGUCAUUAGGCCUGUCUCCUUUUCAAAACUGUACUGGCACCAUCCAUUUUAUACGCUUAAUUAACAAUCUCUUUGACAUUUUUAAUAGUAGGAACUAUUAUGGAAAGGAACAUAAAGGACCUCUAAUGCCAGAAACUUUUAAUAAAAUGAAUUACGUGUUAAUUGAAGCCAAGACUAUUUUUGUUACAUUAGCUGACACUAGCAAUAAUAAAAUAAUUAAAGGUAAGCGAAAACUAGGAUUCCUAGGAUUUUUACUCAAUGCUGAGAGCUUAAAAUGGCUCUGCCAAAAUUAUGUUUUCCCAAAGGCCAUGCCUUUUCCAUAUCUUCUGACUUACAAAUUCAGUCAAGACCAUCUGGAAUUAUUCCUAAAGAUGCUUAGACAGUUAUCAGCAACCAGUUCUAACCCUACCUGCAUGGCAUUCCAGAAAGCUUACCAUAAAUUGGAGACCGCAUAUAGAGUGCAAGGUGAAGUGUUUCGAAGUGAACCAAGCAUCCUUGACAUUUCAGUUGCUCCACGGACAGACUUGGCCCUUUGGACAGUUCAACAUCAGUCUGGUGUCAGCAUUAUAAAGACUCUUUUUCACAAGGAGGAUAUUUGCUAAGACUGGUCUAACUGUUUGCUAAGUGAGGCAUUACUAGACCCGUCAGAUCACAGGAGGAAUCUCACCUGUUGUGCUGGUUAUAUUGCCGGUAAGUUAUCAGCUCUUUUAACUUGUGAGGACUGCAUCAGCGCACUGUAUGCAACAGAUCUUAAAGCUUCUAAAAUUGGGUCACUCUUGUGUGUUAAAAAGAAGAAUGGUUUGCAUAUCCCUUCAGAAAGUUUACCUGGAGUCAUAAAUAUUUGUGAGCAAGUUGAAAGAACCCAUUCAAGAAUGCCAGUUAACGAACGACUUCCUAAAUGGAGGGAAUUUUAUCUUCAACAGAAAAUAUUAUGUGAGCUUUCUGGGCAUAUUCAUCUUUUUGUAGAGUCAGAUGAGCAUCUCUUUGAUGGAGAAGUGUGUGCCAUCAAUCACUUUGUAAAGUUACUGAAGGAUAUAAUAGUCUGUUUCUUAAAGUUCAGAGCUAAAGAUUUAGCUCAUUUCCCUUUAAAACACCAUUCAGAAAGAACCGAAAUGAAAACUUUGUCAAGGAAACACUGGCCACCUUUACAGGGUUACAGAUAUCCAGGUUUUGCUAAUACCAAUAAAUUCAGGUAUCUACUAAGUAAUGAUGGAUAUCCAUUCAAAUGAGGGAUCUAAAACAUAUUAAAACUUACUUUAAGACUAAUUGGUCAACACUUAUUUUAAAGUCAACUUACCAUAUUUUAUAAAUUGACCAUUCUGCUCAAUGGACUAGUUGGCAUUUCUGACUUACUAGAAUUUGUCACUUGCGUAUCAUACAGUCUGCUCGAACUUCGGUAUGGCUCGCAGCAUUUCAGUUACCCAAGCAGACUAGCUAAGAGGUGCUGUCUUUCAAUUUACUAAGACUGAAUGAUGUGACUGGACGUACAUUUAACUUGUUCAGUCUACUUUAAAAACAAGAGAACUACAACAGCUAGGAGUCACCAAAACAUUGACUCCUCUUAUAGACAGACUACAUUGCCUAAAAGAGCUCUUUGGUUUACAGCUCUUAAGAAUGUGGACAGAAUACCUAUAAAACCUUGAAUAUAAUUUUUACUUGGUAGUUAAGGUGUGGUUUGAAAAUUAAAGCUAAAUUAAGAUAUCAAAUGCCACAAAAAUCCCUUUGUUUACGGUGCCCUAAAAUAGAAACACCAUGCUUUAUCAGGCAGAAGGUAAACACAUGAGCCAUGAAAUGGUUCCUUGUGCUGCAACCAAACUGGGGAAUGUAGUCUAGGAAGUACACAGGUGACAUCAUUUUCACAAUCCAUUGUCUCUAGACUUCGAAACACUACUUUUGAAUAAUAGAAUGCACACUUACUUGACUCCUAUUCGAAGAGUCCAGCGCUCAUCAGCGAAUGAGAAGCCUUUAUUCCAACUUCUUCUGAAGUCUACUUUUGUUUGCAGGGUGGCUAAAAUAAUGAAACAUAUUUCAUAUGUUGAAUGAAUAAACGAAUUUCAUAGUAUUUGAGUAAUAAAUUGGAAAAAGGUGGCCAAUUGAGACAAUAGUUAUGAAAAAACUGGUCUUAAUGUAAUGAGUUUUUCAGAAAUUUAGGAGCUUAAAUAAUCUAAAGGUGGAAACAAUAGGGCAAUUUUCUCCACUCUCACACUCGUAUUUGAAAAGAUAAAUAAAAAAUCAUAGGUACAUGUACUUUUACAAAUGAAAGUAUUCUAAUGGAUAAAAGAAACAAGCAUAUUUAUUCACCCAUGAGUGUCAGUCAUCUCUUUUUGCCAUUGAGUGAAUAUUCACAAAGUAUAAUCUUAAUAUGAAAACUGAAAAUUGUUAAAGAUUAAUGACUACAUGAAAGUUGUUUCAUGAAUUGAAAUUCACCUUAGUCUAUUUUUAUACAUUUCUAUUCUACCUUAAAGGCUGAAGUUUUGAAAUGUAACCAGAGUUGUACUGUAUUUUACACAAGAGCGAUUGCUGAGACGUCUGAAUAUUGUGGUUUUUGUUUUGUUUGCAGUAGGAUGAUUUUAGAUGCACCAGGAUAAAUCUUAUUUAAAGGAAGCCUGUUUGUAAAUCACCACUUUUAACUUAUUGCUUAUAUAAAUCCAAGUUUUGUACCUGAUCUUUACUUAAAACUGGGUUCAUAUCUGUAGUGUUUUAUUUUCUGUUACAUUUGACUCAUAUACCAAUAUAUUCUAUAUUUUAAGAAAUUAGUGUUUUAAAUUAUUUAAGUGCUGGAUGAUUUGGACAAAUAUUGAAGAUAAUGUUUGCAUCACUGCCUUCAGCACAGUUAAUUGUUCUUGCCCUAGUGAAAGUGUUCCAAAUCUGAUACCAGGUUUACUUGAUAUGAUAUGCUUUACAGUGAAAAUUUUUUUGUAUUAUUUGAUUAGGGUAAUUUAGUUUAUAAAUUCUACUCAGCGCCUUUGUCCUUUUUUUUUUGAAGAAAAUUAACAUUCCCAUCAGAAAUUUGUCCUUACUUUUCAACAAAUAGUGCUGGAACAACUGGAUAGCCACAUGCAAAAGUAUUAAUUCUAAAUGCAUCAAAAACCUAAAUAAAAGUAUAAAACUUUUAGAAGAGAGUAAAUCUUUGAGACUUAGAUUAGGUGAUAGUUUCUUAGCUGUGACACCAAAAGCACAAGAAACAAAAAAUAAAUUGGAUGUCAUCAAAGUUAAAAACUUGUGCUUCAAAGGACACCAUCAAGAAAGUAAGACAACCCACAGAACGGGAGAAAAUUUUUAUAAAUCAUAUUAUCUGAUAAAGGAGUUGUAUCUAGAUUAUACAAAGAACUUCUGUAACUCAGUAAUAAACCCAGUUUGAAAAAAGGGUAAAGACUGUGAGUAAACAUUCUUAAAAGGAGGUAUAUAAACGGCCUAUAAACACAUGAAUAUAGUAUUCAACAUCAUUAGCCCUCUGGGAAAUGCAAAUCAAAACUACAAUGAGAUGGCACUUCACAUUAGGAUGGCUCUAAUAAAAAAUAAAAAGUGUUGGCAAGAAUGUAGAGAAAUUGGAACCUUCAUAACCUGUUAGUGGGAAGGCAGACACUUAGGAAAACAGCCUGACACUUCAUAAGUAAAACAGUUACCACAUGAUCCAGUAAUUCUAGUGACAGGCAUAUAUACCCAAGAGAAAUGAAAUAUGUCCACAUAAAAACUUGUACAGAAAUUUUAUAGUGGCAUUUUAAUAGCUAAGAAGUGAAAAUGUUUAAAUGUCCAAUUGAUGAUGAGAUAAAUAAAAAUGUGCUGUAUCCAAACGAUGGGUCAUAUGGUAAGCGUGUUUUACAAACUGCCAGAACAGCUUUUGCAAAGUGACUGUACCACUCUGCAUUUCAACCAGGAAUAUUUGAAAGUUCCAGUCGCUCCUCUCCAGUACUUGGUAUUGUCAGGGUUUUGUAUUGAAUUAGCCAUUCUAAUAGAUGUGCAGUGGUAUUUCAUUGUGGCUUUCAUUUUCAUUUUACUAAUAGCUAGUGAUGAUGAACAUCUUUUCAUAGGCUAUUUGCCAUCCACAUGAUCUUAGGUGUAAUAUCUGUUCAAGUUGUCCAUAUUUGGGAAGGUUGGUUUUUUCUUAUUAUUAGUUAUAUAUUCUUGACAUAAGUGCAUUAUCAGAUGCACUUUGCAAAUAUUUUCUCCUCCUCUGUGGCUUUUAUUUCUCAGUGCUUUUAUUUCUUGAAGAGUAGACAUUAUUAAUUUUGAUAAGUCCAAUUUGAUUUUUUUUUUCUUUAACCGAUCAUACUUCUUGGUUUCAUAUCUAAGAAAUCUUUGCCUACCUCAAGGUCAGAGAUUUUUUUCUUCCUAUGUUUUCUCUUCUAGAUACUUUUUAGUUUUAGGUUUUGCAUUUAGAUUAUGAUACAUUUUCAGUUAAUUUUGGUGUGUGGUAUAUAAAUUGUUCAUAUUUUUACAUGUGGAUAUUCUAGUACCAUUUGUUAAAAAGACCAUUUUUUCUCCAGUGAUCUUUGAACCCUUGUCAAAAAUUGACCACAUAUAUAUGGGUCUAUUUCUAGGCUCUAUUCAGUUCCAUUGAUUCAGGAGUGUAACUUUCACCAAUACCACAGUAAUGUUUGGCUAUUUCAAUUGUACCUUUCCAUGUAAAUUUUGUAAUCAGUUUGUUGAAUUUUAUAAAUUUAUAAUCAGCUUGUUCAAUCUUACAAAACUCCCUGCUGGGAUUUUGACGAGUUAUGUUGAAUCUAUGGGUUAAUAUGGGAAGAAAUGACAUCUCAAUGAUAUUGAAUGUUCCAAUCCAUGAACAUGGUAUCUCUUUUUUAAGGUCUUUGAUUUUUUUUAAUCAGUUUUCUACAUUUCACAUACAGAUCUUGGACGUAUAUUGUUACAUUUAAUGUUUUGUAGUGCUGCUACAAAUGGUAAUUUUAAAAUUUCAGUUUCUAAAUGUUCAUUGCUACUAUGUAGAAAUAUACUUUUGUAUACUGACCUUGCUAAAUCACUUAUUAAUCCUAGUAGCUUUUUGUAAAAAAUCCUUUGACUUUCCUAUAUAGGUAUUCACAUCAUCCACAAACACAGUGUCUUGUUUGUUUCCAAUCUAUGGCGUUCCCCUUUCUUAUUGACCUCUAGCGCAAUGUUGAAUAGGAGUGCCUUGUUCCCAAUCUCAAGAAGAAAGCAGUCUUCAUCAUUUGUAUAUUAGCUGUAGGCUUUUUUUUGUAAAAGCUCUUUAUCAAGUUGAGGAUCCCUGCUAUUCCCAGUUUGCUGAAGAGCUUUUCUUUUUCUUUCUUUUUUUAUAAUCAUAAAUGGGUGUUGAAUUUUGUCAGAUGAUUUUCUGCACUUUUUUGGGGGGGAAAUUUGAGGUAAUUUACAUACCAUAAUAUUCACCCUUUUAAAGCAUACAACUCAGCAGUUUUUAGCAUAUCUAAAAAGUUGUUUUCUAACACACAAUGAGAUAUAGAUAAUAUAUUACAGAAUUGUACACCUGAAAUCUAUGUAACUUUACUAACAAUUGUCACCCCAAUAAACUAAUUUAAAUAAAUAAAAGUUUGUUUUCUGCAACUUUUGAGAUAAUCAAAUUUGUCUUCUUUUGUAUGUUGAUACAUAAUACUGAUUUUUUUUUAUUUGAAUGUUGUGUCAACCUUUUAUU